AAGCCAAAGGUGUGACUGUAACCAACACUUCUACACUUGGAUUCCGGGUCUGGGAUGUGGCGGAUUAUGUGAUUCCAGCUCAGGAGGAGAACUCCCUCUUCAUCAUGACCAACAUGAUCACCACCAUCAACCAGACCCAGGGCCUCUGUCCUGAGCUUCCAGAUAAGACCACUGUGUGUAAAUCAGAUGCCAACUGUGCCGCUGGCUCUUCAGGUGUCCACAGCAACGGAAUUGCAACAGGAAGAUGUGUGCUGUUCAAUGGGACCGUGAAGACGUGCGAGGUGGCGGCCUGGUGCCCGGUGGAAGAUGACACACACGUGCCUGAUCCUGCUUUUCUAAAGGCUGCAGAAAACUUCACUCUCUUGGUCAAGAACAACAUCUGGUAUCCCAAAUUUAACUUUAGCAAGAGGAAUAUUCUUCCCAACACCACCACUGCCUACCUCAAGUCGUGCAUUUAUGACGCCGUAACAGAUCCCUUCUGCCCCAUAUUCCGUCUUGGCAAAAUAGUGCAGGAUGCGGGACACAGCUUCCAGGACAUGGCCGUCGAGGGAGGCAUCAUGGGCAUCCAGAUCAACUGGGACUGCAACCUGGACAGAACCGCGGCCCUCUGCCUGCCCAGGUACUCCUUCCGCCGCCUGGACACCCGGGACGUGGACCACAAUGUGUCCCCCGGCUACAACUUCAGGUUCCAGGCAGAUGUGAAUCUUGGGUUUGCCAAGUACUACAGUGACCCGACUGGCACUGAGCACCGCACGCUCAUCAAGGCCUACGGCAUCCGCUUCGACAUCAUAGUGUUCGGAAAGGCUGGGAAAUUUGACAUCAUCCCCACCAUGAUCAACAUCGGCUCUGGUUUGGCGCUCUUAGGGGUGGCGACAGUGCUGUGUGACGUCAUAGUCCUCUACUGCAUGAAGAAAAGAUUCUACUACCGGGAGAAGAAAUACAAGUAUGUGGAGGAUUACGAACAGGGGCUUGGCGGUGAGAUGGACCAGUGACGCCUCUUCCACACUUGGGCUCCCCACGGCCCUCAUCAGAGCACAGUGAGGAGGGAGAAAAGGCUGCUGUUGUCACCACAGAGAAAGUUCCAGAUUCUGAGUCUGCCUCCACUGCACAAGAACUUCACAGUCGCCCAGCUGCUCCCGUGUUUUGUGUGUAGGGCAUGCGUAGUAGACCACCCUGCACAGUGGGUCGCCUCGCCUCGGGGUUGCUGGGCGACCUCUGGCCCCAGGCCCAUGGGGCCACUGCCACUGCAGGGCCGGCCUUCCUCAGGGGCUCCUGUCUCCAGGCCCCUACGAGACAGGUCCAGUUGGCGCCCCAGCAGCUCUGUUCAAGCACUUUAUAAGGGAAGGAAAGACAUUUGGGCGUGUCACUGGCUCUUGAUCACACGGCCGCUGUUCCUCCCCCACAUCCAUGCUGUCACAGAGUUAGCACAGCUCCUUGAGAAGAGUCAUGUCAAGGUGAUAAGAGGACCAAACAUUAAAACGAUUUUCUCCAUCUUUGUUCUCAUA